UUUAUCUAAUUUUAUGGAGAUUCCACCAUUUAUAAGAAUCACUCCAAAUAUAUUAACUAAAUUUAGGUAUAACAAUAAUAUAUACUUCAAACCCCUUAAUAAUAAUGAUAAGUUGGAUUCUUUAAUAAUUAAUAACACAAAAACUACUUCAAAUGAAAGCAUAAAACCUAUUGAUUAUAAUUUAAACGAUCUAGUUGAUACUAUUUCGGGUUAUUUAAAUAAAUCAAACGUUAGUUCGUAUGGAUUACUAGAGUACAACUUGGAUAGAUUGGAGAAACGGAAUUAUGAUACCAAGAAAAUUGGAAACAAAUUGAUGAGGAUUCUAAAUUAUAGAAUUUUAAGCCUUUUUGACAAGUUAAACACGAACCAAUUAUCUAAAUUAAUUUUCUCAUUAACACAUUCGAAUGAGAAGUUCUCCGAUUUAACAUUAAAACUUUUGGAGUUAUUCCUUGAGAAAUCUAAAUUUAAUGCAGUUCCAUCAGAUGAUAAUGAUGUGUACGAUCAUUUCUUAGUUUUAUCAUCAUUUCUGAUAUUUAAAAAUAAGUGUAAUAAUGAAAUCAUUGAAAAUAAAUUAAUUGAUAAUAUAAAUUUAAUAAAUUUUAACCCUUUAAAUUUUAAUAAUGGUGUUUUGUUACAAUUUUUAAAUACCCUCACCUUUUUAAAUAACCAUGAAAAAUUAGAUGAAAAUGUUAUAGAACAAAUUUUCUAUAAAUUAAACGUUGAAAAGAUGGCAUUUAAUGAAAUGUGUACAUUAAUACAUACCUAUUCACUAUUGCAGUCUAAUGUUACCUAUAAAGCUCAACACAUUAUGGAGAAUGUGCUGGAGAGAAUAAAUACAGUUGUAAUGGAAGUGUAUAAAAAUCAUGAAGAAUUGAGUGUAGAAUGUUUACCUAAAUUAUUUCACUAUUUUUAUAUAGCAAAUGAUUUGGAUAAUCAUUUGAUGAGUUUAUUGGUUGAAAUUAUAUUGAAGAGAAAUAUUACAUUUCAGUUUUCGAAUGACUUUUAUCGUGUUACUUUCCCAAUCACUCUGUCCAACCUGAUUACACAAGAUUAUGUUGGAAAGUGGAUACUGGAACAAUUAAUCAACAAUUAUGAUAAUUAUGUUAAACAACUGUCCAACUUUUUAUUUAUCCUAAUGAGAGUUGCUAGUAGUGUCAAAAUUGAGCAUAAUAAAGUGACAAAUGGUGUAAAAGGUGCAAUGGUAGAGAGUUUGUAUGAAGAAGCUUUGAUGUAUUUAAACGAAAAGGGUGAUUAUUUACCAACAAACCGUUCAAAGCUUUUAUACCUCUUUGAUAAGAUCGUGGAAUUCAUUCAAUCUGCGGAUUCAGAUCAAUUUAUACAAAUAUUGCAUGUGUUAUCACAUAAACUAGUUAAGAUAAAUACGGGAAUGAAGUUGAAGUUGUUGAAGGAGUGUAGGGAAAGAGUGAAUUCAGUCUCAGUCGGGGGAAUAUCACACAUUUUAGACUUUAUAACUUGGGUUUACAGUAAUAAGAACCCAGACUGUAUCACUCUGCUGGAAACAUAUUUACAGAGGAUACUGUCAGAUAUAUCCACGUAUAACACAGGGGAUCACACCUUUUUAACAACGAGUGAACUGUAUACUGACUCUUAUUUGACCAGUGUAAAGAUUCUGAGUAAUGUACUGUAUAUGUUUGAUUGGGCAAGCUUAUAUUCAAGUGACCUCUCAAAUGAAGUUUCAACACUAAUCAACAAUAACACACAUAUGUUGAUUGAGGCAGAUAUAAGUGAUAUUUGCCACAUCAUACAUUAUAUUUCAAGAAGCAAUGAACAGCCGAAUGAUAUUUUUUACAUUCUUUUGUUUGAUAAAAUGAAGAACGCCACUGAUGUUGAUCCUACAGACCUGAUAUUGUUGCUGGAAUCGUUCAUAGCAAACUCAUUACAUUUAAGAUAUAAAGAACUAUUAGAAGAGAUUGAGAAAAGAGUGAUGAGAAUAAGAGGAGAAGAAAAGGUGAUUAAGCUGUUGAUUGAUUACUUAAAUAAAGUUACAAGUAACAAAUACACAUUCAAAGAACAAGAGAAUAAUUUCACAUUACAAUUGGAGUCCUAGU